UUUAUCUUGUAAUGGAAAUUUAUAAUUUUACUCUCUAUAAUUCUUAAAUGGUUGUAUGGUUUCUAUAGCUUGUAUUGUUAUGUGAGUCUUGUAGACAUGUAAGGUUACCAUCAAAAUUUAUAAGCAUCUCUAAUUCAGAAAAUAAUUAAUAUAUAGGCUACUUAUAUUACAUAGUUCACCAUUAACUGUUGUACUAUGAAUAUUUAUUUGAUGUGAAAAGGAUUAGAAUGACCAUAUAAUAUUUAUUUAGGAGCAUUAAUGGUGUUUUUAAACUGCUGCGGUAUGUUAGUAAGUUAUUCUCAUGUUGCAUUUAUUUUUUGUGGUGUUUUUUGAGAGGACAGUUUUUCUGUUUUUAUGGAAAUCAGAUUAUAUAGGAGUUCAGCUUUAUUAAUUGACAUUCAUAUACUUUACUUUCAACAUUGUGCAUUGUGUGUGUGUGAGUGUAACAUGAUUUUACUCUGUGGAAUACAAAAACUCACAUCUUAGCAAUUGGUGCAUGUAAGCACACAAACACAAAAUCAGAUGAAUCAACUGAAAAUGAGGAAUAAAAGUGAAUUUAACAUUAUAUUAAUAAAAAUAUUCUGACUUAAACAGCACCAAAAGUAAAAUUGUGAUGGAAGUGGCUUCAUAACAUAGCUUGUCAUAAAUAAUAUUAUGACUCAUCAAAUUUCAUUAUUGAGACACAAGAGCUAAUAUCACACAAAUUACUUUAUCAUUAUCUAUGACUGGAAUAUCAAAUCUGACAUACAAAACAAAUAAUUCCAACACAAGGGUGAUUUACCAUUGUCGGGCCUCACAGACUUAUCAAAUUAUUGUGACACAUAUGAGCUAUAAGUUCCUGGAGACUGCUCCCAUAUCAAAACAGCUGAUCCUAUUGCCUUUUUCAAGAGUAUUCAUUAUGGUAGAAUACUGAUUAUCUACUACUAUUUCAAAAUUAUCCAUAUCGACAAAUUAGACAUCAUUCUGAUGGAUCCGUCGACGCCAGGUAGACAGAGCAGUAUUUGGUUUUGGUUUUUUGUAUGCUACAGACUCAUUUUGUACUUGCUAACUAUUUUAUUUAGAAAAGUUCAUUUAUAUACAAGCAAGUUUUACAAGAUUUGCACCCGAUUAAUUAUUUCCAAUGUUACAGAUUAAGGUCAUAGAGAUUGCUCUGACAAGCUACAAUUACAUAUUUGACUUUAGCAGCUUUUACUGUUGGUUUAACACACACUUCACUACCUAAAUUUGUAUAUCCAUGCAAUACUUUCAAUAUUGAACACCAGUCAAUAUUUUUUUAGGCAUUACUGAGCUUUUUUCCAACAAACACUCACUUAACUGAGGGCAGGUCACACAUCAUGUAUAACCUUAUGUUGUCCUGGUUUUUGCUUUAAUUAACACCCUUAAAAAUAAAUAUAAUAUUUGUAGUCUUGAAGUUAUUGAUUUGUACAUUGCAACUUCAUAGACUAUAUUAGCGCUAGUACCCAAAUUAAAUUUUAGACAAAGGACCACAUCCCAGCAAUUCAUGGUGACCAGUGGUCUAACAUCCGCCUCACCACCAAAAUUCGUCUCGCUAGAAGAAAUAAUGCAGGCUGCUAACGGAAUGCGCGACAUGGCUCUUGUCCAUCAGAUUGUCGUUGAUAAAGAUUUUAGGUUGAAAAGAGUAGAGCCAGAGCCUGAUAGUGUCCAAAAAAUUAUCAAGGAUACAAUGCACAAGGCUUUUUGGGAUGUACUUAGGGCACAGCUGGCAGAAGAACCUCCAAAUUAUACACAGGCGUUGAACUUGUUAGAAGAAAUAAAAGAAGGACUAUUUGCUGUCCUUUUGCCACAACACACAAGAAUCAGACAACAGAUCUCUGAAAUAUUAGAUACAGAUCUCAUUAAGCAGCAAGCUUUACAAGGCACCCUGGACUUCAAGAACUAUGCACAGUAUGUGAUUUCUGUAAUGUCUAAGCUGUGUGCGCCAAUAAGGGACGACAAAAUAAAUGAAUUGAAGGAAACAUCAGAUGUGAUUGAUACAUUUAGAGGAAUCCUAGAGUUACUAGAUCUGAUGCAGCUUGAUAUGGCCAACUUCACGUUGCAGAUGGCAAGACCGGAUAUUAUAGCGCGUAGUGUAGACUUGGAGAGGAAAAAAUUUGCCGAUUAUCUAGCCAUACAAACUGAUGGUUUGGAACAUACGAGAAAAUGGUUGCUAAAGCACAUCAAUACAGAGGAGAAAAUUCCUGAAAACAUUGAAUAUGAAAAGUUUAUCAGGACAGUAGUGAAACGAGCUUUCUGUCAAGCUUGCGUUGAGCUUUUAGACUGGCCUGCAGACACCCCAUAUCCUGAGACCUUUAUGUUGGAUGAAGGAAGGUUACAUGACCUCGAAGUAGGAACUUUUCGUCUUAUCAACAUAGCUACAGUAUUAUUGGUAACUUUAAGUAACGCGGGUGCUGACUUACAGUCGAUAACGCCUUUCAAGCAGGCUUGCAAACAGCAUAUUUCCAUUUUACUACAAAACGUCAAGACUGACAAGAAUUUGAAUGAUACAUUGCCAAAUGUAGCUGAGCAAGUUGUAAUAGAAGUGAAAGAGGCACAGGGAAAAUAUGAAAUACCUGAGAUGUUUCAGGGUGCAGAGGCAAACCUGAAACAGUUAAUUUUAGAUAUAGGAAAACCUGACCAUAAAGUGAAAGCAAUAGUCAAGCAGAGAGUGAAGGAUUUCUUCUUGGACAUAAUUGAAUCCUCAACUGCCGAUCCUCAAAAAGUGCCUUCUGGUCUGACUGCUCUCCAAAAAGAACUAACAGAAAUUGCUGGCCAGUUCCUGAGAAUCGUCUCUCAUAACAGCUCCGUGUUCUGCAUUUACUAUUUUGAUAUAGUCGCCGAAGCUUUACCUAAACCGGCUUAGGUAUUUUUAUAUCAUAACUUGCAUAUUGGAGCAUGUAACUAAGAAUAAACUAAUUUUUAAUGUUUCUUUUAGUUGCAUUAGAACCCUAUAGUCUAGGUAUAAGGGAGAGCUUUUGAAAAAAAUAGUCGAGGAGAGUAUAUUUGAAAUGAAGGUGUCCAAAUUUUGGUGACUACUCCUGCAAAAUUUGAGAUUUGGGCGACGUCAAAGUGAUUUAAGAUCUUACCAAAAAGAAUAAAAAUUACAUCGUUGGAGAUACGUAAAAUGAAUUUUGCUAAUUUUUAAGCCAAGAUAGAACCUUACGUUUAUUUUGCACAAUGACGAUACCUUUAACGACACUAAGUUGUGUCUCGUAUUUAAUAUAUUAUUUUGUAAUAAUCAGUACAUAAGUUUGUUGAAAACAGCUUGAAAAAACUUUUUAAACAUUCUGCAUUUUGGGUUGGACUAAAAUGGCAUGUUAUUCAGUAACAGAAGUUAGGCAUGCACCUUUUAAGACUGUAAGACACUUCGAGUGCUAAUUUUGAUUUCAUAUUUUUAAGGUGAUUAUGAACCGUUCACUUAUCUAGUCUUACACAAGUAAUGGGAAUCAUUUACUAGAGUAAAUUGUGAUAGAAAAGAUGAAUAUGUACUCUAGAUUCGCUGAAUAUUGUCCUAGUUUGUUACCUGGUAAAGAUGGUAGCUGUUUUUAUUCAAUAUGGCUAAACAACAUUAAAUAUUUCAUAUGUGAGAUGAAACAGAAAUAGAGUAUCAAUUCAAAAAAAUGUCACCUUUUUUUUAUUUUAUUCUUAUAGUUUACCUGGAUGUAUUAGUAAUUGAUGGAAUGUGAUUAGGGCUCCUACUAAUUUUUUGUAACAUGUUGCAAUAAACAAUAACCUAAAGAAUAUUUUUUUCUUUUAAUU